UUCAGCACCGUGGAGGAGAGACAGCUCCUUCCGCUCGACUGAUGGAGCCGAUGGGGCUCGACCCGGACCGGACCAGACCACGCCGAGCCUAGAGACGGAGGAGAGGCGAGAGGACAGCACCGGGGCCACCCGUCACAUCAGCAUCCUCCGGAGAUACGGUGUGCAGACGAGCAGCACUGCUACAGAGUGAGUGAGGGCCACUUUUCUUAAGGGUGGGUAACGCAGUGGGCUACCCUCACCCCUUCUGCACCCAUGGCUUGUGUCCAUGAGCAACAUGCCCCUUCCCCGUCCCUCUCAGGGUUCAGCUCCCCGCUCUCCGAACCCCCCUUCUGUCGGCCCGAUUCGGAGGCGCCAGCGAGCACGCCAGACACCGAGCUCACCCCGACCCAGUGCGUGCUCCGUAACGUGCUCUCCAUCGACCCGGUGGGGGGCGGCAGCGGCACUCACACCCACAGCAACAGCCCCACCCUGAGCGACGAGCCCACCAACUUCUCCAACAGCGUGCUCAAGCUGCAGGAGGGCGGGGCCGAGGGCGGAGUCAUGCGCAACCAGUCCGACAGCUUCCGGCUGCAGGCGGGUGGAGGAGGCUUUCUGGAAGGCUUGUUCGGAUGCCUAAAGCCAGUGUGGACGAUGAUCGGGAAAGCCUACUCGACAGAGCACAAGCAGAGCCAGGAGGAAUCCUGGGAGGUGCCAUUCGAGGAGAUCUCCGAGCUGCAGUGGGUGGGCAGCGGGGCGCAGGGUGCCGUUUUCCUGGGCAAGUUUCAUGGUGAGGACGUGGCUGUGAAGAAAGUCCGAGACAUCAAGGAGACUGAGAUCAAACAUCUGCGCAAGCUCAAACACCCCAACAUCAUUACCUUCAAGUAAGUGAACACACACCAGCAUC